AUGCGAACGGUGAUGGAUUUGAUGAUUGCUCGAGGAUUAGAUAAACGGUAUUGGUGUGACAUUUCCUCUCCUCUUGUGUGUCGAGACGACCUCCUGUGCAAAGUCGUGUUGACUACAAAGUACAAAUGCAAUGUCAAUGGCACAGUUUUUCUUUCAGUGAAACACCGAGUGCAAUACAGAGGCACGCAAACUUACGCGGUUACGCCACCUUUAAGCUUAACCCUGAUGUAUUACGUGCUCUAA